AUGGACGAAAAAGAGGCAAUUCACAGUUUCCUCUCCUAUAAGACGGCAGGACCUGACGGCAUAUUCCCGGCUCUCCUACAGUGUGGGGGAAAAGCCCUAAUAGUCAGACUUGUUGCCAUAAUGAGAGCCUGUCUGGCUCUUAAAUAUGUUCCUAGGGGAUGGAGGGAAGUGAAAGUCACAUUCAUACCCAAACCAGGUAAGAGCGACUACACUGACCCUAAAUCCUACAGGCCCAUUAGUCUCACAUCCUUUCUCCUAAAGACGAUGGAGAGGAUGUGUGAAAGGGAAUUAAGGGGGUCGGCGCUAAUGAACUUACCACUACACGACAAGCAAUACGCCUACAGUCUAGGCAAAUCUACAGAAUCGGCACUUCAUCAGGUAACUACAAAGAUUGAAGAGGCCAUCCAAAUCAAAGAAAUAUGUCUAGGUUCCUUCAUAGAUAUAGAAGGUGCUUUUGACAGAACGAACUUCUCCAGCAUAAAAGGUGCACUCAGUAGACAUAAAUUUGAACCGGCACUGAUUGACUGGAUAGUUUACAUGAAUAAUAAAGAUUGCUCGUGA